AUGAAGAACUUUAUUUCAAAGAAUAAGACAGCUAUUUUGGCAACCAUCGCUGCUACAGGUACUGCACUUGGUGCAUACUAUUACUACAGCCAAUUGCAACAACAGCAACAACAGGGAAAGAAGAACACAAUCACCAAGGACGAUAAAAAAGAGGUAAAGGGCUCUCAGAAGAAGACAAAAGAUGGUAGUGAAUCUACAGCUGAGUCAAAUACUCCUGUUUACCCAGUCUCUAGCAAUGGUGAUCCUGAUUUUUCCAAUAAGGCAAAUUUUACUGCUGAAGAAAAAGAUAGAUACGCGUUGGCAUUGAAGGACAAAGGUAAUCAAUUCUUUAGAAAUAAAAAGUACGAUGAUGCUAUUAAGUACUACAAUUGGGCAUUGGAAUUGAAAGAUGAUCCCGUUUUCUAUUCGAAUUUGUCGGCUUGUUAUGUUUCCGUUGGUGACUUGAAGAAAGUUGUUGAAAUGAGUACCAAGGCUCUAGAAUUGAAACCAGAUUACUCAAAAGUUUUGCUAAGAAGAGCCUCCGCUAAUGAAGGGUUAGGAAACUUUGCGGAUGCGAUGUUUGACUUGUCUGUAUUGUCUUUGAAUGGUGACUUCAACGAUGCUUCUAUUGAACCAAUGCUAGAGAGGAACUUGAAUAAACAAGCUAUGUCUAAAUUGAAGGAGAAAUUUGGCGAUAUCGACACUGCUACUGCUACUCCAACGGAAUUAUCCACGCAAGCACCUAAAGAACUGAAAGACAAAACAGAAAAUCUACCUUCCAUUACAUCCAUGGCCUCAUUCUUCGGUAUUUUCAAACCUGAGUUGACUUUUGCCAAUUACGAUGAAUCUAAUGAAGCUGAUAAAGACUUAAUGAACGGGUUAACUAACUUAUACAAGAGAUCUCCGGAAAGCUAUGACAAGGCUGAUGAGUCUUUCACGAAGGCUGUAAAGUUAUUUGAUGAACAAUUGGACAAGAACAAUGAGGACGAAAAGUCAAAAGAAAAAUUAGCCAUCUCUUUAGAGCAUACUGGUAUUUUUAAGUUCUUGAAAAACGAUCCAUUGGGGGCUCAUGAAGAUAUCAAGAAGGCCAUUGAAUUGUUCCCAAGAGUUAAUUCAUACAUCUACAUGGCAUUAAUCAUGGCUGAUAGAAAUGACUCGACCGAAUACUAUAAUUACUUUGACAAAGCCUUGAAACUGGAUUCAAACAAUUCUUCUGUUUACUAUCAUCGGGGCCAAAUGAAUUUCAUUUUACAAAAUUAUGAUCAAGCAGGAAAAGAUUUUGAUAAAGCUAAAGAAUUGGACCCAGAAAAUAUUUUCCCUUAUAUUCAGUUAGCAUGUCUAGCGUACCGUGAGAAUAAAUUUGAUGACUGUGAAACUUUGUUUAGUGAAGCUAAGAGAAAAUUCCCGGAGGCACCUGAAGUACCAAAUUUCUUUGCUGAAAUUUUAACUGAUAAGAACGACUUCGAAAAAGCCUUGAAGCAAUACGAUUUAGCCAUUGAAUUGGAAAACAAGUUGGACGGUAUUUAUGUGGGCAUUGCUCCUUUAGUUGGCAAAGCUACUUUGUUGACAAGAAAUCCAACAGUGGAGAAUUUCAUUGAAGCUACGAAUCUAUUAGAGGAAGCAUCCAAAUUAGACCCAAGAAGUGAACAAGCUAAAAUUGGUUUAGCCCAAAUGAAGUUACAACAGGAAGAUAUUGAUGAAGCUAUUACAUUAUUCGAAGAAUCUGCUGAUUUAGCCAGAACUAUGGAGGAAAAAUUGCAGGCCAUUACUUUUGCUGAAGCCGCUAAAGUUCAAAAAAGAAUCAGAUCUGACCCAAUUUUGGCUGCAAAGAUUCAAGAAACUUUAGCUAAAUUGCGCGAACAGGGUUUAAUGUAA